AUAAUAUUUAAAAAGCAAAAAUGUGCUCUAAGAAAGUGCGCGAGUGGCUCGUCAUGCUCACCAUGGAGAAGUAUGUGAGCUGCUUUUCCGAACGUGGGUACACAACCAUUGCCCAGUGCAAGCAGAUUCUGAGCAGCGACCUCAUGCUGUUGGGCAUCGACGACCCGAACCAUCGCCAGCUACUGAUAACAGGCGUGCAGCUGCUCAUCAAUUCGCCGGAGCUCUUCGAUUGCCACGAGCCCUGCGAGCUGCACUUUGAAGAUGACAGCCACGAGUUGGCCGACGAUUUUAUGGACUCCUGUCAAGUGGACUUGCCAUCUGUGGAUAGCGAACCGAAUAAUGAUGGCGAUUUGAUGUCGCUAUCUUUUGACUCCCUGGACCAGUUUGCUCUUAAUAUAUCGGCUAGUUUCACAUGCGUCGCCUGUCCACAUCUCAAAUUCAGCGAACUGUACGAGCUGGAUCAGCACAUAGCUGAACAGAGAGAGAGUAAUGAUCCCUCGGCCUUCGAGCAUAGGUAUGGCGCUGUCUUCAGCAGUGACAAUAUAGUGCCAGUUGAAGCAAUUAAGCCCACUCUAAUAAUGGACUAA